ACCAACACAGUUCAAAGCUAUGGUGGCUUAUGCUUGAGAUGCUGGAUAUGGUUUCCAGGGAAGGAUUGUGGCACAGCCAUUCCUAAAACAAACACUGAGUGCUAUUUUUGCUUUUUGCCUUUUUUCAUGCAAGUGAAAAUGCUCUUAGGAUUUCUUUUGAUUAAUGAAAACAGUCAAAGAAAAAAGGACUGAGCGCAGAGGAGAAGAGAGCCCGUAUGAUGGAAAUAUUUUUUGAGACGAAAGAUGUGUUUCAGUUAAAAGACAUGGAGAAGAUUGCUCCCAAAGAGAAAGGCAUUACCGCUAUGUCAGUGAAAGAAGUCCUUCAGAGCUUAGUUGAUGAUGGUAUGGUUGACUGUGAAAGGAUUGGAACGUCUAAUUAUUACUGGGCUUUUCCAAGUAAAGCUCUUCAUUCGAGGAAACGCAAGUUGGAGGUUCUGGAAUCUCAGUUAUCUGAGGGAAAUCAAAAGCACACAAAUCUACAGAAAAGCAUUGAGAAAGCUAAAAUUGGCCGACAUGAAACGGAAGAGCGAACCACGCUAGCGAAAGAGCUGUCUUCACUUCGAGACCAAAGGGAACAGCUAAAGGCAGAGGUAGAAAAAUAUAAAGAAUGUGACCCACAAGUUGUGGAAGAAAUACGUCAAGCAAAUAAAGUGGCCAAAGAAGCUGCUAACAGAUGGACUGGUUUGAAGUCCAUUCCUUCAAGCUUCCUACAAUAUUGCAUCUGUUCUCUCAUUUCCCAGAAAUCUUUCUGUGCUCUUGGACCCAGUUCUGGAAGCUCUACACAUAAUACCUGAUCUUCUCUCUUUAAUAUACUAGUAACACUUUGGAAUGAUUUAGUAAUAGGUUGAUUUUUCUCUCUCUACUCUUGUGUCAGCUGGAAGGUGUAGGCUCUCUCCCUUAUAGGGUACCUGUAAUACAUUUCAUACCUGUGUGAUGUAGCAGUGAGCCCUAUGGAAGUGUUUGACUGUGAGUGACAAGAAUGUAUGGUCAUGCAGACACUAGGACAACUAAACAUCCUUCUGGAGUGCCUCAUGUUAUUAGUAGUCUCUCCUAGGUCCUCAUGAAAACUAAAGAUUUGUUUAAAAAAUUUACAUG